GAGGGUGUGAUAGAAUCCAGCGACAACUGAAGAAACCGGGCUCUGGCCAGAGAGGGGGGCGAGGAGGGCGGGAAAGGGCCCAUUUAUCUUUGCAUUGAUGGCUUACUUCAUGGAAUGUUUAAGGAAUCCCUCUCUCGGGAGAUACCUGAGCCUUCGGAUGCAGGGGACUCCGUGAAGUUGGGGCACUGAUGAGACCUACUUGAGUAACAGGAGAGGUUGGGCCCGACCAGCGCUGAGGUGCCAAGACUCCUAGGCUGAUUCUCCUCUGUAACCCUAGGCCUCCUGUCCCUGCCUGCCCUGGGUGCUCAUGGAACCAGCUGCUGCCCUGCACUUCUCCCUGCCAGCCUCCCUCAUCCUCCUCCUCCUUCUCCGACUGUGUGCACUGGUCUCAGCCCAGUUUACUGUCGUGGGGCCCACUGAUCCUAUCCUGGCCAUGGUGGGAGAAAACACUAUGUUACGCUGCCAUCUGUCACCCGAGAAAAAUGCUGAGGACAUGGAGGUGCGCUGGUUCCGGUCUCAGUUCUCCCCCGCAGUGUUUGUGUAUAAAGGUGGGAGAGAGAGAACAGAGGAGCAGAUGGAGGAGUACCGAGGAAGAACCACCUUUGUGAGCAAAGACAUCAGCAGGGGCAGCGUGGCCCUGAUCAUACACAACGUCACAGCCCAGGAGAACGGCACCUACCGCUGUUACUUCCAAGAAGGCAGGUCCUACAAUGAGGCCGUCCUGCAACUCAUGGUGGCAGGACUGGGCUCUAAGCCCCUCAUUGAAAUGAGGGGCCAUGAGGACGGAGGCAUCCGGCUGGAGUGCAUAUCUAGAGGGUGGUACCCAAAGCCCCUCACAGUGUGGAGGGACCCCUAUGGUAGGGUUGUGCCUGCCCUGAAGGAGGUCUCCACCCCUGCCGCAGACGGCCUCUUCAUGGUCACCACAGCUGUGAUCAUCAGAGAUAAGUCGAUGAGGAACAUGUCCUGCUCUAUCAGUGACACCCUGCUCGGCCAGAAGAAAGAAAGUGUCAUUUUUAUUCCAGAAUCCUUUAUGCCCAGCAUGUCUCCCUGUGUGGUGGCCCUGCCUAUCAUUGUGGUUUUUCUGAUGAUAAUCAUUGCCGUAUGCAUCUACUGGAUCGACAGACUCCAAAAGGAAAAAAAGAUUCUCUCAGGGGAAGAGGAGUUUGAACGGGAAACCAGAGAAAUUGCUGUAAAGGAAUUGAAGAAGGAACGUGUGCAAAAAGAGAAAGAACUUCAAGUAAAAGAGCAACUUCAAGAAGAAUUGCGAUGGAGAAGAACAGGCUUACAUGCUGAGCUCCAAUUCUUCUCAAACUGAGGGAACUGCUGGAGAGAUAGAAGGGCAGCUUCAGUAAUUCUCAGUGUGUGAGCUGCCUAGGAUCAGAGAGCCUUCAUGGAAGUGGCCACUAGAUGGGGAUCCCCCACAGACAUCUGAGACCUCUCUGGGAAUCAGGAACCACACAAUCCCCAGGGUUUCUGAGACCCCAGGCCUAAACCUGAGACUUCCUCUGCAGUCGAUGUGGUCCUGGAUCCAGACACCGCUCAUCCUGAUCUCUUGCUGUCAGAGGACCGGAGAAGUGUGAAAAGGUGCCCCCUCAGGCACCUAGGGGAGAGCGUGCCUGACAACCCAGAGAGAUUCGACAGUGAGCCUUGUGUCCUGGGCCGGGAGAGCUUCGCUUCAGGGAAACAUUACUGGGAGGUGGAGGUGGAAAACGUGAUUGAGUGGACUGUGGGGGUCUGCAGAGACAGUGUUGAGAGGAAAGGGGAGGUCCUGCUGCUUCAUCAGAAUGGCUUCUGGACCUUGGAGAUGCAUAAAGGGCAAUACCGGGCCCUGUCCUCACCUAAGAGGAUUCUCCCUUUGAAGGAGCCCCUUUGCCGUGUGGGCGUCUUCCUGGACUAUGAAGCUGGAGAUGUCUCCUUCUACAA